GAGGUCUGUACUGAAGACUUGUAGCUGGCCUGCAGAAGUUGAGCUAUGGCAACCACACCUUCAACCAGUGUUAGCAUGUCACCUAAACAGUAUCUGCCAACUUCAUUCUCCAUAAUGGAACAAGGAAAACGCAGUCGCACGCAAAAAUUUGCUGCAGCUGCUUUUCCUGUUUCUGUUUCUCCAAGUUACUUCCAGAAGGUCAUUGCAGAGUUCAUCGGAACGUACAUACUAAUAUUCGUAGGCUGUGGAAGUGCUCUGACAGACAGAAAGUUAAACCUUACUAUUGUGGGCAUAGCAUUGGCAUGGGGGUUUUCUCUGAUGGCAGCAAUAUAUGCAGUUGGGCAUGUCUCUGGCGCCCAUUUCAACCCUGCAGUCACAAUUGGUCUUGCUGCUGCCCGGAGGUUUCCAUUUAAGCUUGUGCCUAUGUAUGUUCUGUCGCAGUUAUUGAGUGCAAUACUUGCUUGUCUCACUCUCAGAGUAUUGUUUAAUUACCAAGAGGAUUUGAUCCCGAUGACUACUCAGUAUUCUGAUCCAACUACUGAUCUUGAAGCCAUUGCCUGGGAAUUUAUAAUCACAUUUUUUCUCAUGUUUGUCAUCUGCGGGGCAGCAGAUGAUGAUAGAGCUAACAAGGGGCUUGCUGGAUUUGCCAUUGGAGGAACACUCUUGUUUAACGUUCUCUUAGCCGGGCCAAUCACAGGAGCUUCAAUGAAUCCAGCAAGGAGUAUAGGCCCUGCUAUCGUCGCCAGUGAAUUUAAAAAUUUGUGGGUAUUUGUUGUGGCACCAAUCCUCGGUGCAACAACUGCAGCCCUAAUAUACAAUCUUCUUCGGUUACCAGCAAACCAGAAUGAAGAAGAGAGCAGCACCAGGAGUAUAUACAACGAUCUUUACAUGCAAAAUGGUGCCUGAACCGACAAGUUCAUAAGAAGAUUAUAUGUAGGCUGCAGCAACAGCAUUCUUAAACUUCUGUCCAAGCAUUCAACUUGUUCUUACAAUUUACAGAAGCAUCUGAUAUACUUACUAUUAAUUCAUUGUUAUUAUAUUGACAAAGUAGGCAUUUAACUCAGAAAAUCUACAAAAUAUUUGCAAAUAUAAGCUGUGCAUAUACAUGUACAUGGAACAAGCCUAUGAAAGGGUACAUCUUAACAUACAGAUUCUUUUACAUCUAAGAAACCGAACAAUGUAGCGAAUAAGUGUGGAAUAUUAAUAUCUUCCUAGUUGAAAAAUAAAAAGCACAAACCGAAUUUUAUUACAAGAAUGCACAUGCCCUAUAAGAGGUAAGACACUCUUUAGCACUUCGUCUGAGACCUGUGGUUACUAUACAGCACAGGAGCAGAAAUGGUACAACACGGAGCAAAGAAGAAAUUUAGAUGAGGUUUCUGCCUCUUCCAAACAUUUCCUUAUGAAUUGCCAGUCAACUAUUGAACUGCUAACAGGAAGGGUGAAUGAAGAUGAACCGAGGUGUGUUUUGUAGUUCCAAUAGCUGUAGACUCCCCCAUCCAGCAUAAAAUCACCACCUGGCUA